CACAACCACCACCACCACCACUUGGUAAAGAAUCCCCGAUGGCAUCGUCACAAAGGUCUUCGCGUCCUCAAGAAACGGCAGCAUCAUCUGCUUCAGAACCUACGAUACUCUCCAAAUGCUUUAAAUGGUGCAAGUCAGGACAAAGUGUAACAGACCACGAAGGACGACCACUUUCAGAAGAAAGCGAUUCAGAUUCACCCGAGAAUUCUGUGCAAUCUUUGAAAUUAAGCACACUUGGUAAAGAAUCCCCGAUGGCAUCGUCACGAAGGUCUUCGCGUUCUCAAGAAACGGCAGCAUCAUCUGCUUCAGAACCUACGAUACUCUCCAGAUGCUUUAAAUGUUGCAAGUCAGGACAACGUGUAACAGACCACGAAGGACGACCACUUUCAGAAGAAAGCGAUUCAGAUUCACCCGAGAAUUCUGUGCAAUCUUCGAAAUUAAGAGAUCAAGAGGAGGGAUCUAGGAAAAGAAGACUUCAAACGCUGUCGCUAUUGCGUUCAACCAGUAAAGGUACGCCUCAUUACGGUAUAGGUUGUGAUGUCUGCCAUGUCGCUCCAAUACGGGGAACUCGCUGGAAGUGCAGUGAUUGUCGCGACUAUGACAUGUGUUUCACCUGCUAUGAGGAAAAAAGAGAACAGCACGAUAUGUCGCAUUCGUUCAUAAAAAAGGAACCUCCUGCAUUUUAUAAGAAAGUAUAUACAAGUGGAAGAAUCAAUUUUAUGAAAGACAACAAAAGGGUCAAGGAGUCUAACUGGUUCAAUGUAACAUACGAUGCAAAAUACAUCAAGAUAAAUGCUGAUGCUGGGGACACGGAAAGUAUUCUGCAGCAAGUGGCGGAAGGUGUUGUUGAAGAGCUGUGGCCUGUUCGUUAUAAAAAUCUUUUGCUGUCAGUCACCGACGGUGCGGAUGAGUUGGAUGAAGACGGUCGUAACGAAUUCACAAAAGGCCUCAAAAAGAUGUUACGAGCAACAUGUAUGGUGACUGGCGGAACCAACGAUGGAGUGACACAACUUGUCGGAGACGCUGUAUCUGUUUUCAACGAAGAUCUUGAUAGCGUUGAUGAUUAUUGUCCAACAAUUGGAAUCGUCUGUGUGGACCACAUACAGAAUAAAGAUGCAUUAAAGCCUUGGGAACUGACCAGAGGAGCGUUCGGCAUUGACUCAGAUGGUGAGCUGUUUACCGUCGAUAAAAGCGGUGAAAGGUGGAUGUUGAACCCAGCUUCAUUGACCGAAGUUAAAGUUCAAAGUGACGGUAAAACAACGGCUAACGCAUUACCUGAUGUUGCUGUUGGUGACUUGGUGCUGAUCAGCAGACAUGUGACGAGCGUGAACGGAGAAGGCUCGACCCUCGAUAAAAUUGGAUGUAUAGUGCGUGUAGUGGAAGAGCACGAGAGGGUAAUAAAGCUGUACAUCAGAGUGAACAAUAACAAGCUGCCGUACGAUCCCGAAGCUGUUACGUUGUUGACGGGAGAGAGUUUCAUUAGCCUGUUGAAGACACACUUCAAGACGUACGAGCCUUCAGAUACGAAUGACAUGCUUGUACAGGCUGUAAAGAAUGACGAAGUCGAAAAUGUCUACGAGAUCAUCCGCCAGGCUUACUGGAAUUUCAACCAGGAUUUCAACGUAAGACUCAUCUCAACAUUUAUGCAAACAUUCUUGUCAUUGUCAACGCUAAAUUUGUGUAAAUUCAUACUAAGAAGAGAUCGCCGCUAA